CGCUUGUUUUCCCUGUGCCCCUUCCUGUACCCCCGGUUGAGGAAGUGAAUUCGCUGACAGGGCUGGGUUCCGUAAGGGAGCUGAAGAGAAAUAACAUCUACUCGGGAGGGGCAAAAAUAAUAACCAAAUCAUACACCGAGUCGAGCGAGCACAAUAAUUCGACAGCUGAGAGACACCAGUGAACGUUUAUUUCCCUUGUGAGAUCACCAUCAAGAGCCGCAGACAUGAAUGACCAGCAGCUGGACUGUGCCCUGGACCUGAUGAGGCGUUUGCCUCCCCAGCAGAUCGAGAAGAAUCUCAGCGACCUCAUCGACCUGGUGCCCAGCCUGUGUGAGGACCUACUCUCCUCUGUGGACCAGCCUCUGAAGAUCGCCAGAGACAGGGUGGUGGGAAAGGACUACCUGCUCUGUGACUAUAACCGCGAUGGCGACUCCUACAGAUCCCCCUGGAGUAAUAAGUAUGAGCCCCCCAUCGAUGAUGGUGCCAUGCCCUCUGCACGCCUGCGCAAGCUGGAGGUAGAGGCCAACAAUGCCUUCGACCAGUACAGAGACCUGUACUUUGAGGGGGGCGUGUCCUCGGUGUACCUUUGGGACCUGGACCAUGGGUUUGCCGGAGUAAUCCUCAUCAAGAAGGCAGGAGACGGCUCCAAGAAAAUCAAGGGAUGUUGGGACUCCAUCCAUGUGGUGGAGGUGCAGGAGAAGUCCAGUGGACGCACGGCCCACUACAAGCUGACAUCCACUGUGAUGCUGUGGCUACAGACGACCAAGACCGGCUCUGGCACCAUGAACCUGGGGGGCAGUCUGACCAGACAGAUGGAGAAAGACGAGACCGUCAGCGAGUCCUCCCCCCACAUCGCCAACAUCGGACGCCUGGUGGAGGAUAUGGAGAACAAGAUCCGCUCCACUCUGAACGAGAUCUACUUUGGGAAGACCAAGGACAUCGUCAACGGCCUAAGAUCUAUUGAGUCUUUGCCUGAUAACCAAAAGUACCGGCAGCUCCAGAGGGAGCUCUCUCAGGUCCUCACCCAGCGCCAGAUCUACAUUGACUAGGGCAGGAGGAGCGUCCAGACCCUGGCUGAUAAGUCCAAGCAGGAGUUACUGAGGAAUGACCUUAUGGAGGCGCUCAAACGCAAACAGCAAAGUUAGAGACACUGUUAGUCUCUCUCUCUCUCUCUCGCUCUCUCUCUCUCUCUCUCUCUCUCUCUCUCUGUCUCUCUCCAUCUGUCUUCCUCUCCCUGUCUCUCUGUUACACAAACUCUCCUCACUUCACUCUUGCUACUCUCCUCCCUUUUUUUCUGUUUCUGUUUUUGUUUCGAUUUUGAUUUGUUUUUGUUUUUGUUUCUCGUCCGUCUCUGUUGGUCCCACUCACCACCUGUCUCAGUGCUGCACUCUUGGUAAACGAAAAAAAAGGAGAAAAUGCUUAGCUAUGUUUUUUUUUUUUUUCUUAUUUGUGUGCUUUUUCUUUGUUGAGGCAUCUCAUUCUCAUUGAAGCCAUUCGCCACUCUAUUGUCUCCGUUUCUCUCUCUCUCUCUCUUUCUCGUUCUCUGACGUUAAGUAAAUAUUCUGAUAGUAUUAUGACGGUUAAAGAACACUGCAGAAUGAGAGUGGCUUGUGUACUGCCACAGCUCUCAAUCUUACCCACACACACACACACACACACACGCACACACACACACACACGCACGCGCGCGCGCGCGCGCGCGCGCACACACACACACAGACUCACACACGUGUGUAUGUGUGCGUUUGUGACUAGCCUUACCUCUGUAGCAUCACUAAGGCCCACAGAUUUAAGCCCCCUACACUCUUGAGUGGCUGACACAGGUAACAGUAUUGAUCUUAGCUGAAUUCCACAUACACAUGCCUCCCAACAUCAGACGGAAAAUAGAUUUUUUUUCUUUUUCACUGAUAUAUUUUCUGAUAAAGACCCAACCUUCUCAUAUAUCUGUAUGGAAUAUAACUGUUGCUCAUAAAGAAAGAUGUACUGUAACAAAGGUUAUUAAGAGGGUCAUGUUAGAUUUGUAUUAUCAUUACAACAACUAUUAUUUUGUAUUAUUAUUAUUAUUCUUGUUAUUCUUGUUAUUGUUACGAUCGAUGGUUGGUAUACCUUACAAACUCCCCCUGUGUCCCAUACUUGUGUGAAUGUAUGGGGCCACUGCAUGGAGGUGCAAGCGAACUGGGCAUGUUCGCAAGGAGUCAGGUUGGGGUUGAUUGGGAGGAGAGAUGGUUGACUUUGAAAAUUGCCCUCUGACCUUUGCGAACACGCCUCGACUGAAAUGGGGGAGGAGAGGUAAAGUUCAUUGUGUAGUGCAAGAAUUUCAGUACUCCUUCACUGUGUACUACCACAUCAGUUCGUGUCCCUAUCUUUUUUUUUUCUCUCUCUGUUUUCUCUGGUGUGGGGUCUUGAUUUCUGUCUCAGCCUCUUUUCCGGAAGCUUCUUGACUGUCUGUUCUUUUGGGUGGGGGUUGGGAGUGGGGCUGGUGGAUUUAUCAUAUGUUGUCAAAUUGUUUUUUUGUUUCGUUGUUUUUUUUUUUUUUUGUAAAGCUUAUGAUUCAUGUUGUAUUAGAGCCUCCAGCAACAAUAAAAAAAACUGUAAAAUGCUA